GUAGGUUGCACCUGCCAUAUUGUGACUCGUCCGAGAAGAAGUGAGCUCCGAUUUUGGACGAUUUCUGGCCAGACGAGACAAAAAGGGAAACGAUUAAGGAUACAGCUGAUUGCCAUGGUGUCUUGUCUUCCAGUUUUGAUGCAUAUAUGAAGGUGUUGUGAUUGGAGGUCAGAGGAGGAAUUAUGGAUUUUGUCAGGAUUAAACAAGAGCCACACGACAGUGGGUAUGAGUUAUCUGCCCCUGCCUCUGGAAACCACCGGCAGCCGAGUGAAUCUCCAGGGAGAGACGAACCCAAACUAAAGCACCCGAAGUUAACAACACUUCUGUUUGGAAAAAAGCCAUCUGUCAAAAAGCCAUCUGUCAGCAAAUCAAACAACAAUUCACAUUUAAGCAGACUACUGGCCAGAAAACCAAAAUAUGUGUUACAGACCACUGACCAACAAAGCAGCCAAUCAGCUUCUUCAUUACAAACCACUGACCAACAAAGCAGCCAAUCAGCUUCUUCGUUACAAACCAUUAACCAACAAAGCAGCCAAUCAGCUCCUAUGUUACAUAUCCCUAACCAACAAAACAACCUAUCAGUAAAUAGAUUGCAAACCACUGAAAAUCAACCUAGCCAAUCAACACAUUUGUUACAAACAGCUAACAAACAAUACAGCCAGUCAGGUUCUGUGUUACAAACCACUGACCAACAAAGCGACCAAUCAACCUUUACUUUACAAACCAUAAAUUCACAGCAAACUCAACCAGGUUCUUCAUUAAAUGAUGGAAGGUUUGCCGAGACCAACAUGGCUUCCUGUGAUAUGUAUAUAAAAAAUGAAAUUGAAGAUAAUUAUCAAGGAUAUCAUGAAAUACCAACUUCACCUGACCAAGGAAACGGUAUCUAUGGCAACAACCAACCAAACUCAACACAUGUGCAGAAAAAUUCAUCAAUUUUGUCUCUUCUAAAAUCUGGACCAGCUUAUUCUCAACAUUUUACUAUGGAUACUUUAUCUAAACAACCUGAUCAUCUUCCUGUUUCCCUGGAAACAUUAAGUAAGGAAAACAACUCCAGACCAGCUGCCUGGGAAGCUAUUGGUUACCAUGACAACAGCCGCCAGCCUGUUACCAUGGAUACCAGGGAUGUAGAACGUCGGGGGAGAUCGUUUACAAUGGGAACCACACACAGGAGGGAGGAUAUAAGUUUCGUACCUUCUGUUCCACAUAGGACCCGUGCAAACACUGGCUCCUCAGUUAGCGUUCUUCAGAAAUCGCAUAAAAGAUUAUCGGACUUAUUAACAGGGUCUUCCUCCUCGGCACUUUCAUCGGAACCCUCAUCCGCUUCUGAAACAAACAUUGAAACACCAAACCCUUCUUCACCAAAGCCAGGAACAUUGAAUGGCAGUAAAAGUAACAGUGCUCUUUUGCAGCGACUGCUCACACUGGGCCCCAGUGGGUAUGUCAGACAAGGCGUGAUACCAGAUACGGAAGACAUAGAAACAAAUCCUGAAAGCCUCCCAAAUGGGCCAGAACAACCAACCCCAAAAUAUCCUUCAAGUGCACUUCUGAUGCAUCUUAAUGGGAGAAACCAAAUUGUGGAAAAGGCAGACAGUAGGUUAAAUGUUGAACAUCCAGAAUAUUUGAACCCGAGUGUUCCCUAUCAAAAUUCUGAGCGUAAAACCACAGGUAAGCUAGACGCUACAAUUGAGAAACUUUCUUCCAUGCUGGUGGACAAAGUAAUUCAAGAAAAAAAAUCGUCUGAAGCGGAGUUACCUCCCCUGACUGUUCCGUCCCCAAGUAUAGAGACUCGUUACGCAACGCCACCGAGAGAAAACCAACUUGAGAAAAAAUCACUGCUUAAAGCUCUCGUGAGAGAAAAAGUCCACAGGGAAAAGGAAAAAACCGAGAGAGAGGCAUUCUUACUAGAAACCUUGAGGCGAAGUCUUAAUGAACCUCGUGACAAUCUCCUCACUCAUCUACCGCUGCCGGGGAAAGACUUCCUUAAUUUCUACAAGUGUGAAUACUGCGGAAAAGCCUUUCCCCAUAAAGGAACUCUGAAAGUGCAUAUGAGAACUCACAGCAUUGAAAAACAGGAGUUCAAGUGUGAUGUGUGUGGUAAAGUCUGUUCGGCGAAAGGCUAUUUAUUGAUUCACAUGCGAACCCACCGUCAAGAAUACGGGAUGUUCGCCACUAACCAGGAUGUGGAGGUGAUAUCUCCACAGCAGAACAGCCCAGAUACUAGUCAGAAGUCGCAAGAAGAGCAAAAUAAAUGCAACAUAUGUGAGAAAACUUUCAGUGAGAGCGAGAAUUUGUUGAUUCAUUUACGAAUGCACACUGGAGAAAAACUGUACAAGUGUGAAGUCUGCGGGAACGGAUUCACGCGAAAGACACAACUAGCGAUCCACAUGCGGAUACACACUGGGGAAAAACCGUACGAGUGCGACGUGUGUGGGAAAACGUUUCGCCAAAGUAACGGUCUGAAUUUACAUAUGAUAACGCACAGUGAGGUUAAGCCAUACAAUUGUCAGAAUUGCGGGGCAGGUUUUGGAAGAAAAGCACAUUACGAAAAACACAUGCGCUGGCACAGAGGCGAGCGCCCGUUCCACUGCGCUGUCUGCGGUAAGGGAUUCACGGACAAGUUUAACUUGUCCACGCAUUUCAAGAUCCACAACCAGAAGAAGGACCACGUCUGUGAUGUGUGUGGGAAGGGUUACAACCAGGCUACACAUUUAAAGAACCACAUGCAGUUCCAUACAGGAGACCGGGGGUACGACUGCAGUGACUGUGACUCGGUGUUUGAACACAAGCGAGCCCUCCAGAACCACGUCAAAAGCACCCAUUUCGACACGUACGAGAAAUCCCUCACUUCGAAAACGUCGCUGCGAAAAUUCCAGAAAUUGCGGGAGCGUGGAAGGAUCACGGAGAAUCAGGCUGAAAUGGAAGACUGUAGCGAAACCAGUAGCGAGUUUGAUGAUUCCUGUGACGAGGAGGAGGAUGACGACGACGACUCCAUUUUAUCUGAUGGGGAUGACCUGUACACAGGAGGCAGUUUUGUGAUUAAGAACGAACCUGGGGAGUGGUAUGCCGAUGGUGCAGAAAAGGCGGGACAGUCUUGUGAAGGGACCGAACAGUGUUAUGAAGAGACAAUGCAGCCCUUUCAAGGGGCAGGACAAUCCGUCAAUCUAUGUGAAGGCGACAAACAGCUGCAGAAUGGCAAUCAGUGGGAAGUGAAGGAAAAUUCUACGGUUGAACUGAAGAUCCAGAACUGUUCAAGUGACAAACCCAUCAAAAAGGAACUGUUGGAUUCAUAUCCAGAUGUGGAGGAAUCAAAUUCAAAUCAUCAGGUCAAAGGUCAAGAUGGUCAUCUAUGUACUGAAAAGCCAUAUGAUUUACAUCAGAGCCAGAGUGAGAUAGAUGACCAAGAUUCAGAGAAAGAUCUUGACAAUGAAGAUUCUGCGUCAUCCGGCAGAAGUUUCGUGAAAACUGAACCGACUGAGGGGAGUUCAUUGGAAAACACAGGUGAUGGUUUAAAGUUAAACAGUGAUGUGACCCAGUCUGACAAAUAUAUCAAUAGAUCUGAAGAUUCGCAGAAAGACAUUCGCAAGGAAGUCUCUGAUUCAUCGUCUGACAGAAGCUUCGUGAAAACUGAACCCGUAGAGUAUUGUGAAACUGCAACGGUCCAGAAGAGGUCGUUCGGAGAUGUAGGUGAUGCUUUAAACUGUGGUGUGUCUGAAUCGGAUAAUGAUCUCGAGUCUGUCCAAAGAUCUGAUUCAAGUCAUCUUGGGAGUAUUCACCCGAACAAACCCACCGUAGAAGUGGAGUUAGAUCCGUCCGGUGCUAGCACUGACAGUCGAGGGCGAUGUGAAUUCAACAGCAUUUCAUACAAUGACAGCAGCGAUUCCGAACAAAGCAGCAGAUUUUACAUCGGGAAGAAAUUCUCGUCUCAAAAUGGUUGCAAGUCUCCGACCAAAAAGAGGAAAUUUGACUGCGAGACACAAGAGCCGUUAAUGAGUGGUGGUGAUGGGACGUUGUCAAAGGGAGACAACCCUGACAUUCUACUCCACAACACCAACAAUUAACAGAUGACAAAGGGGACUGCGGGAAGCAGAUAAGCUGACUUUAUGACCAAAACAGAACUCUCCAGUUUCCAAGCAACAGAUCAAGACGAGACAUAAUAUCAAGGGAAAAUUUCAAGAUGGCAUUGAAGAAAUGAAAAUUGCAUUAUACACAUGUAACUUUUAACUCAUUCACCCCUGAAAUUUCGUAAUGAACUAUUCUAACCUUUGAAUUGAAGGAGUUCAAAUGUGUGUUCAGGGGUAAAUGUGUUAAAGUCUGUUUAAACUGUACAUGAUAUAACCCCUUGCCGUUUGAAGAUAUUAACUCAACACUUUAUUAAUAUAUAUGACCAUGACCAUGUUUAUUUAUUAUUUAAUUCACUUUAAAAUUGAAAUUCAUGCAUUUUUUUUUUAAAGUGCAUAAUUUUCCAAUUUAAGCAAAAGAAUGUAUGUGUGUUAAAAUCAUGACCAUCGUUAUCGUGUUUAACUCUAGUUAGAUAAAUUAUGUUCAUUGCUGUGUUUUUUUGUUUUUGUUAACUUGAGUUAGAUAAACAUGAUAAACAACAUGUCACUAGUUAAUACCGAACCUGUUAUGCCGUGAUACGGAUGAAAAAGUAGCAUGUUAUCGUGUAUAAUUGAGCCUCAGUAAUCCAGCAACCUCCGUUCUCAGGAGAUUAUUCAUCAAUCAACAUUCUCAGUAGAAACUCAAGAACCCAUUUUCCCGGUAGCUAAUCCAGUUUUUGCAGAUAGAAUAUAUUGACCUCCGUUUCCGGUAGAUAAUCCAGCCACCACGGUUACCCGUAGAUGACCCAGAACCUCCAUUCCCUGGGAAUAAAGCAAUCUCCAUUCCCAGUAAAUAAUUCAGUGACCUCUCUUCCUAGUAAGAAUUCUGUGACUUCUGGCCCCGGGAUCGUGAAACAAUCUUUUUGCUUGGCCAAUCACAUAUGACGUUAUUUGUGAUUGGCUAAAUCCAAACAAAUUUAGACUUUUUGUCGUUUCAUGAUCUGGGGCUUGGUCUCGUUGGAUAAUCCAGUCACUUCAUUUCUAGCUAGAUAAUCCAGUCACUUCAUAUCUAGCUAGAUAAUCCAGUCACUUCUUUUCUAGCUAGAUAAUCCAGUCACCUUCAUUCCAAGUAUAUCAUCCCACAGUGACUGCAAUUUUGAGUAGAAAUUCAAGCUCCAUCUGUCUCUUAGUGAUCCCCAGUCCCAGUAUAGGCAAUCUGUAUUCAGUAGAAAAUCCAGCUCCAUUUGUCUCCAUAGAUCAGAUAACUUAGGGUGGUCGGGUGGUGCAGUGGAUAGCGCACUUGCCUUUCACCAAGGCGGCCGGGGUUCGAUUCCCCGAU